AUGGCUGCAUCAUCCUCAGCUACAUCAUCAUCAACAAUUAUCUCAACAAGUGCACAUGAUAACAUUGAUGAAGAUGGUGGAGAUCAUUUAGAUGCGCAAAGAAACAUCUAUACAAGGUGGAAUUUAGCUGAGAAAGUAAGUAAAACCUUUAAGUACGCCGCCGCAUGGGUCGGUCAACGGGAUAAAAGUUGCAUAGUUGUCAACAAACCCUGGCGAGGUUCCAUGCAUAAUAGAAAAUUGACUGCAGUUGUAGCUGAGAAACUAUCGAAUAGUCUAUGAUCAGGUUAGAUUGGUGAGCAAUAGUUUGUGAUCUUAUGACUUUUAUCCAGGAAUGUAGAUGAAAAGUCACUGUGGUCUCUUGUACUCGUACAUAGUCUUUAGCUUUGUACCUGUUCUGGUUUAGAUAAGUUUUCCUAAAUACAGAAAGAUAUUACAUUUUGUUUUGGAUUAUAGAAGAGAAAGAGAAGAAAAUGUUUGAAGGUAUUUCUCUUAUCUAUACUUUUAUUUAAUUGAUUGCAUUUUCAUAAUGGUUUAUACAUUUUUGCACAGAUAAUUGCAAACAUCAAAAUGUCCAACCUCCACACUGAAACGAUCGAGAUAAACAUGUUGCAGAGGGAGAAGAAAACAAAAAAAGUUGAAAAUUAAAAAAUAUCUGAAAAACUUGGAGAAAGUUUGUGUUUUCUCUCUCCGUCCGAAUCUUCGUCAUUCGAGAAGAUCUACUAGAAAAGUGUUUUUCAUACGUUUUGUUGAUGUAAGUAUUUUUCUAAAUCGAUCAAUAUAAAAUAAUGUGAAAAUAGAAUAAAAAGGAAUAGAAUGAUCACUCAUGCUGCAAAACUGAGUUGCAAAGAAUGAGAAACGGAGCUGAAAGAAUUAGCCUGAGAAAAAAACUUAAUUCUUGCAGUUUUUCAGGUGAAAAACUUGGAAAUGGAGAAUAUUCAGUCUGAUAUUUUUGUUCUAGAAUAGCAGAUGUUGGUGGUGACACAGUUUGAGAUAUUUUUGAUGAAAAUACAGAAUUUAUAUUUGAGUUUAAAACACAAAUUUAUAUUUUCAAAGAAGCAAAGAAAUGUAAAGUUCUAGUUUUAUCUUUGCGUUCCUGUUUGUGAUGAUGCGCACAAACAGAACAGAAAAAGAAAUGUAGUUAAGUUAUGGUUUUUACUAUCAUUUGUACAAUUUUUUAUUUCCUGUACUGUUGACAAUGACUGUCUAAGGUCGAUAAUUCCACUAAAGUAAAUAAGUAUGAAAAUAAAAACUGCUGCAUUAUUAAUUAUUUUGAUGAAAGAGAUGAGAAAGAUAAAGGCACAGAAUCGGACUCACGAGGGAACUGUCCCAAGUGUCCGCUCGCUUUUUUCUUGAAACCUAGUGGAGAAUAGGUUAUCGACUAUGCUGAUUCCGAAUAUGACAAUGGUUU